AUGAGCCCCUUACAUUUGCGAUCGUUUAUGUAUUUUUUGAUCGUCUCUCGCUCGGGACGCCGACUUGUCGAGCUACAUCUCCUCUUCUUCCUUUCGAUCUGGAAGUUCUCUGGUCGAGAAAUAUCUUACUUUUCCUAGUCGGUCGAUAGAUUCACAGGGUUCGCCGGCGCCGAUUCUCGUCGGAUCCUUUGGAACCGAUCACCGAAAUGGCACUCGAAGAGCUCGGGCGUCAAUUCAGAAGUCCAAGGCUCGCCUCGUGUCUCGGUAAAUCACCCAAGGGGGAUUUGGCGGGCAUGAUUGAUUCUAACUCAGGGUCAAUGAGUCCUACACUACUGGCCUAG